AUGAUCUCGGACGGUACUUGCGCACAGAACCUGCAAGUUGUUUUCCCCGACCCCUCAUUACCUCGCAAGCUUUCCAACGGCGCGAGUGUACGUUUGACGGGUAAACUCACCGAAAGUCCCGGCAAGGGCCAAGACAAGGAGCUGGUGGCGACUUCUCUCGAAGUCCUCGGAGACUGUGACCCUGAGACAUACCCGAUACAGAAGCAAGCGCUCACCACGGAGUAUUUGCGCGAACAUGCUCAUCUACGACCCCGAGCCGCUGGCCCCGCAGCAGUCUUGCGUUUACGUGACACCGCCAUGCGCGCCACGCAGGGAUUUUUUGAGCGACACGACUUUUGCUACACACAUACACCAAUCACUACGACGAAUGACGCUGAGGGCGCGGGAGAGACAUUCCGCAUCGCGUCAAUGGCUGACGACCAGGGUGUUGCGCGCGACUUCUUUGGCCUGCCAGCAUUUCUGACAGUGUCAUCGCAGCUCCACCUCGAAGCAGCAGCGAACGCUCUUGCCCGAGUAUGGACACUAAGUCCGUGUUUCCGGGCCGAACGAUCACAAACGAAUCGGCAUCUCGCGGAAUUCUGGAUGUUAGAGGCCGAAUGGGCGUUCACGCAUACCGUGCACGAUAUCUGCGACGGCGUGGAAGACAUGAUCAAAGAUGUCUUGCGCGCAGCACUGGCCUCAUCGGAUUCUGCUCUGCUAUGGCAGGAGGGUGACACGUCGCGACGCAGUCAACUGGAGCCCGUUGCAGGCGAGGAGCGCUGGGCGCGUAUGACUUACACUGAAGCUAUCGACGUACUGGCAGCACACGCCGCCGCCAAUCCGGGAUGCUUCAAGUUUGCGCCGGAAUGGGGCCGACAAAUACAGUCUGAGCAUGAACACUGGCUCGCCGGAGAGCAUAUUCGAGGGCCAGUGUUCGUCACGGAUUAUCCCGCAAGCCUCAAGCCCUUCUACAUGCGCGCCAACGAAGAUGGGAAGACUGUAGCUUGCUUCGAUCUGCUCGUCCCAGGCGUGGGAGAACUUGUGGGCGGUUCACUCCGCGAGGAGCGGGCUGACUUGCUCGAGAGUGCUCUGCGGAAGCACGGACUUGACUUGGAAACCUACGGCUGGUACCUUGACCUUCGGAAAUACGGCGGCGCACCGCACGGCGGGUUUGGACUAGGUUUCGAACGCUUGAUUAGUUGGAUAUCCGGUAUCGAGAACGCUGCGCGUAUCUUAUUAGAAUACCCUUAG